UUGUCGGGUCUGAUCAGAGCCGCUUGAUCUUUGUUUACACACUCACAUAUGAUUUUCAAAAGAUGUCUCGGCUGCUUUUGUCAAAUCGUUUCUGCUGUAAAUGCGCUCUAUUAUCGGCCCUGCGCGAGUCUCCGGCGUCCUUAACGCCGCUGCCGCCGAGCCGCGCUGUUUUUACUGCGAAACAAAGUCGAACUUUCGUGAGUUCUGCCUUCCGUAAAGCUCGGUAUAAGUCCAGGAUUUGGGUGUAUGGCGUCGGUUUGGGCUUCGCCUUAGCCGUCGGUGUGAAAUACAGCUACGACUCCGGCCGCAGCUCCUGUGAUGAUCAGGUUAAUGGAGCAGGAAGGAGGGAUCGAUACGGCCGCGCCGUCAAAGCCAGCAGGGAGCUCCUGGAGCGGAUAAAGGUAGGCACAGAGGCUGAGGUCGGAGCUCCUGGGAUGGUGGUGGGGGUCUCUGUGGACGGUGCUCAGGUGUGGUGUGAAGGUAUUGGUUAUGCUGAUUUGGAGAAUCGCGUCCCGUGCACCCCAGAAACCGUGAUGCGUAUCGCCAGCAUCAGCAAGCCGCUCACAUCUGCUGCAGCUGCGCGACUGUGUGAGGCGGGAAAGCUGGACCUGGACCUCCCCGUCCAACACUACAUCCCAGAGUUUCCCCACAAACAAUUCGAUGGACAAGAUGUGGUGAUAACUCCUCGCAUGAUUCUGUCCCACCUGAGCGGCAUCCGGCAUUAUGAGAAAGAUGCAAAAAAAGUGAAGGAGGACAAGGAGAAAGCCAAGCGACUUAUAAAGCCACCAGUUAAAGAGAAAGAGGAGGAGAAAAGCUCAAAUGAAAAGGAGAGUAAAUCAUCUGAAAAUCAGAUGAGCAAAGGCAAAGGAGCUGGUCAGAGUCCGAAGAAAAAGGAGUUUGAGCAUGAGGAGUAUUACUUGAAGGACAAUUUUGAGGGCGUCACACAGGCCUUGGACCUUUUUAAAGACGAUCCGCUUAUUUUCAAACCUGGCACCACUUUUUUGUACUCCACUCACGCCUUCACCCUGCUGAGUGCCGUCAUGGAGCGAGCCGCAGGUCAGCGCUUCCUGGAUCUCAUGACCCACAUGUUCCGUGAGCUGGGGAUGCUCAACACAGUGCCUGAUGAGAACGACCCUAUUAUUUACCACCGGUCCAGAUUUUAUCAUUACAACAAGAAAGGACGUGUCGUUAACUGCCCGUAUGUGGACAACUCCUACAAGUGGGCGGGAGGCGGCUUCCUCUCCACCGCGGGCGACCUGCUGCUGUUUGGCAACGCCCUCCUCUACAGCUUCCAGGUGGGAAACCUCAAGGACGCUCGCGGCCUGCUCCCCGGCUUCCUCAAGCCCGGAACGGCCGCCGAACUGUGGGCGCCGGUCGACAGGACGGAGGCCAGCUGGGACAGGGAUGGGCUCUACGCCCAGGGCUGGCUGGUGGUGGAGAAGCUGCAGAAAUACGGGCAGUGCAGGAAGCGAAGGCAUUACGUGUCCCACACGGGGGGCGCCGUGGGGGCGAGCAGCGUCCUGCUGGUGCUGCCCAGCGAGGAAAUACGCGAGUGCCAAGGAGAGACCCCCGUCCUUCCUCAGGGAGUGGUCGUCACCAUCAUCACCAACAUGCAGUCCGUGGGACUCAAUCUUACUGCACUGAAAAUUGCACACGAGUUUGACAAAGCCAAAAGUGUGAAAGAGUAAGUCGUUUACGACAAAUGUGAUUGUACCAUCCCUCCAAAAAGAAAAAAAAACGUGUGUGUUGUGAUUCAGAUUUUCAAUAUGUGUGUUUGAAUAUCUCAAAAAAAUGCAGCAUAUCUUUAACGUGAAUUUUACAUACAUUUUAUGCACAGUUUGUUUUGUAUUGCAACAUGAUGUAGGGAAGCCAUACUGCCACUAGAUGGAAGCGCUUCACUGCUUUUGUAGUUUUAAGAAAAAGCCCCUGUUUUAGGACGUCAGCUUGUUGGAGCAACACAGAAGUUAUUCUAAUUUUCUAAAUAAAGCAAAUUAAAGGCGCACUUAAUGAAGAAAUUUCUAAUAUUGUGAGAAAUGAAGGCAAUUGGUGCUCAAUAAUCAGAUUCCAUUUAAAUUUAGCUCCUGUUACUUCAAAUUUCUUCAGUGUCAGAUUUUUUGUCAUCGAUCACAUCUCGUGAUAUUUCCUCAUAGCAUCAUGUGACCCUGCUGCAUUUUGACCUAAAAAGCCAUAAUUUCAGUGGAUUAUAGAAUGUCACCUUCUCAAUGCACAAUACAGUUCAUUAGAGGAAACUUCUUGACUUCUAUUAUGAGUUCAACACUCUAUCACCAUGCCCCAGUGAAGUGAAUUACUGAUGAAAAGUGUUUUAACAAAUAUAACUAAGAUGCUCAGCUGUCAUUGAAUGUGUUACAUAAGACUGAAAGAUGAACGAAACAUCUGGAAAUAAAGUCAGACGAUUUUAUUUUUCUCCUUUGCUAAUUUAAUUGAGGCAGAUUUAAUGGCACCGUCUCAUUGUGAAACCCCUGGGAUCUCCUGUGCCCCUGUUUUCAGAUUUAAAGGAACUGAUAAAUGGCUUGGGAUAAGCUAAUUAUACAGACUCCUACGCAACCAUUUCAUAUGUCUUCUUGCAUAUCCAGCUUUUUGGGAGCCAAUAUGAGUUUUGAAACUGUAGAUUGAAGGCAUUUCCAAAAAGCGAGUUCACUCCAGAUGGUUUAAAUGGGUAAUUAUGGUUUAGGGUUGAGAAUAGAAAGAAAAGUGAGGUUAAGAACGGAGGUCUGAUGGCUGAAUUUAGCUGAGUUUAGGGAAUGAGUGGUCAGUCCAGAGCUGGCAAGUAAACAAAUGUGGUAGUGGAUAUAUAUGACUUCUCUCAUCAGAAAUCAGUCGCUUUACUCUGAAGGAAACAUUACUUUCAUUUACACAACUCUAGUGCAUCAUGGAACAAACGAAUGUUCAAGUAAAUUAAUUCCAACAAAACCUAUAUAUUUUGGAUUGAUUACACACAGACUGAAUCAUUUCAAAUCAUUUAUUAUUUAAUAUUUAAGCUUUUACAUAAUAAAACUCAGAAAAAUACUCUUAUAAUAUUAUACUUUACAUUAAACUAUUGUUUGUUUGUUUUUUAACCAGAGGCCAUAUUUAUCACAGUUAAGAUAGAGGAACACCACAUGAGCUAAAAUUGUGUUUGGUGAAUUAUUUUCAUGUUUUUAAGAGGCUUCUUGGCAAUAGAGUUCAUACUUUUAAACAACAUAUAUAUUCCUGAAAAGCCGUCAAUAUUAUUGACGUGUGUGAUGUGCAGCGGAGCCGAGUAUGUGGGUCGCGCCUAUUGGGAAACCAAACCUGCUCUGCUGCACAUCCCACAAAAGCAUGUUUGAACAAAGGUGGCAUCAUUUAAUUUGGAAAAUAAAUAAAUAUUGUUUCAAAAAGUGCAGGGUUUUUUUGUGAAAAAAAUCAUACACAAACUCUAAUAUUCUACCAUACACAAAGGUCUUCAUUUUGUUUUCAGACAAUGCGCACAGAUUGAAACGUAAUUCUAACACCAGGAACAACCACAACUUCAUAGCCAAGAUUUGAAAAAAAAAAAGGCUCCGUACCAAGUGUGAUUCAGUUCACACCCACUCACACUUGCUUCACACCCAGUUCGUGUGUUACUGAAUUACAUCUUUCUUUAGCUCUCUGCACGGAGAGCAGGGAUCUCAUGAGAGCACUAAUCAGCGAUCGGCUCUUUCACUGUGACUUUAAAGGUCACUGCGGUAGUUUUCUUCUGUCUAAUUCAUAGUCAUAUUCCAAACUGCACCGUGUCCAACUAGACAGCUGAGACUAUAUAAGAGUUAUGUUAUCAUCCCAUCCGACACACUGCAUAAACAGGAAAGAGCAAACAAAUGUACAUUGCAGAGAGAAAUCACACUCUUGGCUGUAUUCUCCAGUACUGGUGCUGGAUGUUCUUUUGUCUCCGUUUCUUGUCUUUCAUCGUCCUGUUGGUAGACAUAAGUGGUGGUUAUUUGUUCUGAAAGAAAUAUGUUUACUUUUGCAGCACAGUCGAUCUAAAACUGUACCACAUAUUGAAUGAAGGGCUAUUUUUAGCUGUCUGGAGAACAUUGGUAGCCCUUAAUCCACCGUGUACUUACUUGUGUAUGCAGUAGAUAACAACUGCCAGCACCACGAAGAUGAGGAGGGCAACAAUGACCACGGCUGCAAUUAACCCUGCGUGCUCUGCACUCGGGGAAAGAGAGGAGAGCCAGAAGUGUUCACAUCUGCUGCCUCUGUAGUUUUCAGUACACCUAAUAAGAGACAGUGACAGGAAAUACAUUAGUAAUGUCAUUACAUGUGUCUACAUGUACUGAAAUGUAAAUGUAGGCCUUCUGAAUACUGGUCAAAGACAGCCAAACAUUUCUGAACUUACACACAAGAGAGUGAAUUCAUGGAAGAUAUCUUAUAGCAUGUCGCUCCAUUCAUGCAGUAGCUGACUUCCUGCUCCUCACAGGGGUCUCCAUGAUCUACAGAGAUUCGAAUGCAACAUUUAAGAUUGAAAACACCCAUAC